UGCGGGGCGGAAGCGGCGGCGGCCGCAGGUGUGGCUGCUCGCCAUGGCGCCGUGGCAGGGUGUGCUGGUGGCGGUGCUGGCGCUGCUGGGCGGCCCCGCCGCUGCCUGCCCCUGCCGAGACCCGCGGCUCUGCCGGCACGUCGCGGCCACCGCCGGCCCCCAGGUCUUUGUGUUCGAUGUGGGAAAGGAAAGCUGGAAAUACUACGACUGGUCAAAGAUUACAACUGUGGCAGCUUUUGGGAAGUACGAUCCCGAGCUCCUGUGCUACGCGCACUCCAAGGGCGCCAGGGUGGUGCUGAAAGGUGAUGUGCCUCUGAAGGAAGUUGUUGAUCCUGCUAAAAGAGCAGCGUGGAUAUCCCAGCAGGUGGACCUUGCAAAAAGACAAUAUAUGGAUGGAAUUAACAUAGAUAUAGAGCAAGAAGUUAAUGAAACCUCCCCUGAGUAUUACGCAUUAACAGCACUCGUUAAAGAAACUACAGAUGCUUUUCACAGAGAAAUUCCAGGAUCACAGGUAACAUUUGAUGUGGCUUGGUCUCCUACCUGCAUAGAUAAAAGGUGCUACAACUACACUGGGAUUGCAGAUGCCUGUGAUUUCUUAUUUGUGAUGUCGUAUGACGAACAGAGCCAGAUCUGGACUGACUGUAUUGCAAAAGCCAAUGCUCCUUACCUGCAGACUUUAGUUGGCUACGAAGAGUACAUUUCUAUGGGCAUUGAUCCACAGAAGCUUGUGAUGGGCGUCCCCUGGUAUGGCUAUGACUAUGUCUGCCAGAACCUAUCUGAGGAUCAUAUCUGUUACCUUUCCAAAGUACCUUUCCGUGGGGCUCCUUGCAGUGAUGCUGCAGGGCGUCAGGUUCCCUACAGAGCAAUCAUGAAGCAGGUGAACAGUUCUCUUUCAGGACUGCUCUGGGAUGAUGUACAGAAGUCUCCAUUUUAUGAAUACAAGGAUUCCCGUGGCCGCUUCCACCAGGUGUGGUUUGAUGACCCUCACAGCAUCUCUCUAAAAGCAGAGUAUGUGAAGAAGCGAGGUUUGAGGGGCAUUGGCAUGUGGAAUGGGAAUUGUCUAGACUAUUCCAGGGAAGCUCUAGCAAAACAACAAACUGAAGCCAUGUGGCAAGCCCUGACACCGUAAGAACCACUUGAACCCUUGAUUUAUAAUAGAAUGAUGAAAACUGGGAAAAUUUUUUACUAUGGCUUAUACAAUUGUAGAUUUUGACUUCAUACAUGAUUACAAAAACUUUGUGAACUCACCAAAUUCAUCUUUUUAUUUUGCAUGCGAAGCCAUAAUUUCAUUCUUCAGAAAGUUCCAGUGUUGCUUUAGCAGCAUUUUUUCAAAAGACUGCUCAUCCUUUUCAUUUUUCUCAACUACCGUAAGUUAAAUCUUGAAUCCAGUGUGUAUCUGGUAACAAGUAAGACCAAGAGGUGGGUUUGCAGGUGCAAUCCCAUAAGGAACCUUUGCCAAGGCUGCCUGGUGCAGCCAGUGUUCAUUCCGGGGUUGCAUGGUGCAGCCUCAGCUCUCUGACUUCCCACCCCAACCAAUAUUUUAGCCAGGUCGCUCUUGAAUCAGAUUAAACCCAGAAUACUGGAGGGACGGAUUGGUGCUUACAUGCAGCUUGGUGAAACUUGUACUUGAUUACUCUUGUAGAGAUUAAAAGAUUUAAUAGAGCGAAGAAAUUAGGUAACAUGAAAUAGUUGCCGUUAAGAUUUUUAUCAGACUUGUUGUUAGAAAGGAAUAUUCAAUAAACCCCAGUUUCACCAUGGUUAUUUAUCCUGUAAACUCCUUAGUUUCAAAAGCUUGAAAUCCUGGACCUUAUCUUGAAUAGGGAUCAUUAACAUGGAGAGGACUCAGGUGAUGUUUUCUUCCAUUUCAAACUUCCUGAAAACUAGAAGUCAGAGUUUUAUUUAAUGAACUGCAUAGGUAUUUUUCCACACACUUUAAGGUUCAUUCAGCAGCCUGUUGUUUGGUUUUAUGUGGUGCUGUCUCUGAGACAAUACGAGGUUUAAUUUUCUUUCUAGUUCAUAUUUUUUCAUAAAACAAUUUGCCCAAAGAAAUUGUGGAACUUUUUAUAAUUGCAUACAUUUUUAAAAUAUCUGAAGCGAUGGAAAGAGUGGCUGGUAUUUACAGGAUGCUUUUUUGUUAAAUAAAACACUGUCUUCACUUGGGUUGGUAAACAAUGUUGUCUGUUUAUGCUUUACUUGUUCUACAGUUUACAGCCCACACUGCUGCUUCUGAGAGCUGUUUCAUAAUCAGAUUAAAGUGCAUCUGUGCCUUAAGUGUCUUUGUUAAUUAAACAAUUUAUUUAAUUA